AUGUAUAUAAGAAAGAAGAACAUCGUGCUUGGGACUACUGUGACUUCCACUUUGUAUGAAAGGUAUAUGAAGAUUAGUCGUGAGAAUGUUUAUGGCUUCGAGCCAUUUGACUUCAACCUCUCUUACUACUGUACACAAGAGUUUGCCAACUGGUGGAGGCGAUAUUUCGACAGCAAACACCUAGGAGAUGCAGUGCUUAUCUCGAGGUUGGAGAGUGGUUUUACUCAACCUCAGAUAAAAAGAAUCGAACAACAAGUCAAGACUACAGUUACCAAGAAACAAGCUGCAGAAACUGUUAAGACAGUUAAAGAAAAACCAACACCAAAGGCAGUUGAAUCUGGAGAGCCUUCUAAGGCACGUAAAAGACCAACCAACAACCUUUCUACUGAGACUGGCCCAUCGAAGAAGCCAAAACCUAACACGAUAGUCGUCAGUGACGAAGAAGAGGAAGAAGAAGAAGAGAGUUUCCAGAGAAAGAGGAGACAACCUCUUGCGAGUGUCGAAACAAAUAUUCCAGAAACUACUUCUGAUAAGUCUACCCCUGAAGCUGAAGUUCAAGAAGAUGUUGCUAUGCCUGAUGCUACACUCAAUGAAUCGGAUAACAUGCCCCAGCAAAACAUCAAUCCAGAGGACAUCAUAUCGAACAAGUCUAGUGGUGAUACUCUCAAAGAUAGUGAGACCACUAUUUCUGAAAAGAUCAUACCAGAGCCUAGUCAAGAUCAACAAGAGCAUCCUAAAUCUGCAGAGACUGAUAACAAGUCCUCUCCUUUCAAGGAAUGGAACGAGACUGCAGCAGUCGAAGUCGAUGCUAAUGAGACUUCCUCAGAAGAAGAUUUUGAUUCUGAAGCCAUGAAGGAAGCAGAAGCUGGUGGAUCAGAAUUGCUGCCUGAAACUUCGACAUCGAAACUGUCAGCCAGUCUAGGGCUUGCUGAAGAAGAAUUCAUUUCCUUGCAAAUUCAUGAUCCUGAGGCUGCUCUAAAACUUCUGAUUUCUAAAACGACUACUGAUCCUUUAAGUUCGAGUGGACCCAGUAAUUCAACUGCUUCAGACUCAGAAAUCAAUUCUUCUGUUCGACAAGACUCUCUGAUUUCAAAGUUGUAUACUGAUUUCAUCAAUGGAGACAUCUUGGCAUCAGUUGAGGAGCACCCUGCUAAUGCUUUUAAGCAUAAAUCUUUUUUGAACAAGUUGCACAAUCCUCAAACUGAUCUCGAAACCUUGGGGAAAGUCAUCCAGCUCGAAUCGAUCUUGGACCAGUUUGCUACUACGGUGCAAAACCUGAAACGCAACUCUCAGAAACUUGUUGGUCAGCAGGCUGCUUAUGAUGCAUUAUUCGAGAAGGCCAUGGCUGCUCAAUCGAAAGUUGACCAAAUGAAGGCACAAGUUCAGCAACCAGGCCUUGGGAUUCAAGAAUGUACCAACAAUAUUUCUAAAUGGGAGGCAGAGAUAAAUUCUCUUCGAGCCGAGAUUGCUGAUCGAGAGAAGAAGAUCCUCGAAGAGAAAGCAAAGCGUUCGAAGAUUGAAGAAGCUGUUGCUGCUACCACUCAGGAAUCUAUCCGCGAAGCUGCGAAGGAAGGUAUUUCUCACUUCAGUGCUGCCACUGUGAUCAAAGAAGAGAUUAAAUCUCUCGAAGAUGCAAUCAAGAUCCAGACUGUCGAAGUUGGCCUUAUUAAGGACCAUUAUGCUGAUUUCAAAUCCAAGUGUUUAUCUUAG